CCCUUUUCAAUAACAAGGACAUUCAGCGGAUGUAAAGCAUUUCAACGAAACUGUUGACAACGUCACGACCACAGUUUCCCACACGGCUAGAACAACACAACCAUGCGCGUGUUAUUAUAAAUGCCCCAGCUGGCGCAUUAUUAAACGCGAACCACUGUAUUGCCAUCCGGGCAGAUGGUUUGGGGCAGAACAUUGCGACGUGUGAAGGAAGCAAGCGUUUGCCUCUGUCGCGUUGGAUGCGACAGUUGUCGACUCAAUCAUUCUGUACUCCGCCUAUGUGGCGAACGAUGAGCGAAAACGAUCGGCAUUUUCUGCAAAACAUUCGGUGAAUCAAUUCAUAAACCUGAAAGUGUCUUUUGACGUGCUGUGUGAGGACUCAACUCCUGUAGAUUAGGGGAGCCUUCCGGGUGCCCGGUCCUCUACAAAACAUUCCGGCUUGUUUCAACAUUCAGUGGCUCUUUCUCCGGUGUGAAUAAAGAUCAGCCAGUCUAGACCCUUAGUGGAACUCAAGGUCACCUCUCUAUCUUUUCCAGUGCAACUACGCACCAUGGGUGAAUCGUUCCACAAUUUCUUGAAGCAACUUGGGGAGAACAUCUCGGAGGAGGAACUUCGGUCUCUGGCGGCCGCCUGUCAAGACGUCAUCCCGAACGAGGAGCGAGGGAGGAUUCACAAGCAACGAGAGCUCUUCGAGUACAUGGAGAAAAUGGGCAAGCUCAGCGCGGAUGAUUUAUCCUACCUGGAGCACGCGCUGGAGAAAAUCUGCAGACCGGACUUAGUGACGCUAGUACUGGAAUACAAGCAAUCAGUACCCGACAAACAGACCAAAAAUAAAGAAAUAUCAGGACCAGCCAGAAAAUACAAAGCAAUGAACGAGGAGACGGGGCAGGUCCCAGAUGACGUCAUAUCCGGUCUGGCCAAGCUGGAACUAGCACCCCCGCCGACCCAUAAAAGAAAGGACGCCAGAUGAGAUACCAGCAUAUUUAUUAUUUGAGAAAAGACCAAGCUCAUUGUGCUGAUUCGCCUUAGAUGUACAAAGUUCAAGUGCUAGGCUGAUAAGGUCUUGGCGCGAUAUCCUAAAUGCGCUUUAUUCUAUCCUUGCCAGUGUUUUGUGUAAAUAUCUUUGGUUGCGUUUUCCUUCUGUUCAUGUUUCUUAAAGCCAUUUUUACCAUCGCAAUGCGAUGCAUAUCCCCUCAAGACUGCACUGUGUAAUCCAGUUGUCACAUCACUACGCUGAGCACAGCUGAGUAGCAAAUAUUUCAAACUACGUCAAGAUACCACAUGCAAGUUGAUUUUUGAGUAGUUAGUAAACUCUAACCUAUGGCUGCGUCCAAAUCUCUUGUCUAGGUCUAGGUCUUCACUCCACUGAAAAUGCGUGGAGGCGCGUAAACAACAGACCUAGCCGUAGCCCUGGAAGCCCGUUUCGGACACGGCCUUAUUACACAGCAAGUUAUCACAUGGUGAAAAAUAAUACGCAUGUGCAUUAUGAUAAUUAUAUGUAGUCUCAUGACUAAACGUUGCCAUUUUAUCCAAGGUGUAAAGUGCCAACCUGUCUUUUUUUUGCUAACACUGGAUAGGUAAAAGCUGACCCCCAAAGUUGUCAUUUUUCCCAUGUCUUUUACAAGGGACCACGGUAGUCAACUGCAGGGGAAACAUGAGGCACAGUAUGGAUUAGAACGAAGAAACCACAGUUCUAAAUACGUCUCGGUGAAAUUGUAAUGAAUUAAAUCUUCUGUUGGAAAUCCAGCAGAUUUCUCAUCCUAACUUUUGGAAUACAAAUUAUUCACAAACCAGAUGUAAUACCAUCUAAGGUAAACAUUGUCUAGUUACGUUUUUGAAGCCAGUUGUCUUCGACUGCAAUUUAUUAACGUGGUCACUGAGUUGCCAUCUUGGAUUUAACGCUGUUGCAGAGAAGGAACUUUGGAAAAAAAUGGCCCCGUGUCCUGAAUGUAAGACUUUAAAUAUUGAUGACCCUGAUCGAAACUCGCUCCGUGAAAGCUGUGAUGUCAUAAAUACAAAGGCUGCUGUGCGUGCGGGUCAAAACCUUGAAAAUCAGCAGUAGGCCUAAGACAAAACAACAGACGUCUGUGCCCAUGUCGAAUUACUGUCUGGAUCAAUGCAAAAUAAAGACCAUGGAUGAGGAGAGUA